UUUAAAAAAAAAUUAUGGAUUAUCUUUGGAAAUACCUGAAAUGCCAGAUUCAACUAUACAAGAAGAUGUAUGUGUCUUUUGUGCACAUCCAUCUCAGAAUAAGAAUGGAAUAGUAGAAUCACUACUUUGUUGUAAAGAUUGUAAAGUUAAAGCCCAUCCAAGUUGUAUGGAUUAUACUCCAGAACUUGCCGCAAGAUCAAGAAUGGGACCUUGGCAAUGUAUAUAUUGUAAAAGUUGUGCAGUUUGUAAUGGUUCUGGAAAUGGAGUAAGUAAAUAUUAUUGCUCUUGUGUAAAUUUUACUUAAUUUUUUAUUAUUUAAUUAA